AUUUGACGAACUUGAGAUUCUCUUGCCGUUAUCAUUGACUAAAACAUCCACUUUCCAACUACUAUUUACUACCUUGCUAUUUCCCCCCACCAUGGCUGACACCGCUACCUCAAGCAUUACUUACUCCUCUGGAGCGACUGGUGAACCGGAUUUGCGUUUUUUACAUUAUAAUGAUGUCUACCACAUCGAUGCUAGCUCCCGUGACCCUGUCGGCGGUGCCUCCCGCUUCGUAGCCUUAGUAAACCACUACCGUUCCUCCAGUGAGUACGACGGUCAGCCCUCCCUCUUAACCUUCUUCUCGGGCGAUGCCUUCAACCCCUCUCUGGAAUCCUCCGUGACCAAGGGCCGGCACAUGGUGCCCAUCCUGAACCAAAUCAAGACCAGCGUGGCCGGUCUCGGGAACCAUGAUCUUGACUUUGGUGUCGACCAAUUUACCUACUUGGCAAAGCAGUGCGAGUUUCCCUGGCUUUGUGCAAACGUUGAGGAUCCUGCACUCGGCGAGGGCGUGAGCAUCGGCGGCUUGCCAAAGACGGUUAUUUUAGAGAGUAGUAAUGGAUUGAAAGUUGGAGUUAUUGGGCUUGUUGAGAGGGAGUGGCUGGACACGAUUAAUUCUCUGCCACCUAAUUUGAAGUAUACCUCUGCGUCUGCUAUAGCGAAGGAGCUGGUGCCGAAACUGAGGGAGCAAGGAGCGGAUAUCAUUGUUGCUGUUUCGCAUCAGAGGGAGCCGAAUGAUAUUAAAGUGGCGGAUAAUAUACCGGAGGGCCUUAUCGAUAUCAUCCUUGGGGGCCACGACCACCACUAUGCUCAUGUGAUCGUCAAUGGGUGUCAUGUCAUUAGAUCUGGUUGUGAUUUCAAACAGCUCUCUUACAUCGAGGCUCGAAGGAAGAGUAAGGAUGGGUCGGUCCCUGGCUGGAAUUUUGAUAUUAUCCGGAGAAAUGUUCUUAAAGAGUUACCUGAGGACCCUCCAACAGUCCAACUUGUAGAUAAAUUGACUUCUGGAUUGAAGGCCAAACUGGAAAAGCCAAUUGGAUACACAGCCGUGCCACUAGAUGCAAGGUUCAGUACUAUCCGAGCAAAGGAGUCGAACGUUGCAAACUUUGUAGGUGACUUGAUGCGGUUUUAUUACUCGGCAGAUUGUGCACUGAUAGCCGCCGGAACUAUCCGUGGAGACCAAAUAUAUCCUCCCGGAGUCCUUAAGCUCUGUGAUAUCGUCACUUGCUUCCCAUUUGAAGACCCCGUCGUAGUCAUCAAGGUUUCCGGUGCCAAUAUCCUCAAAGCCAUCGAAAAUGGUCUCUCCAAACUUCCUGCAUUCGAAGGUCGUUUCACACACGUCAGUAAUAUAUUCUACACCUAUGACGCCUCACUCCCUGCUGGCUCUCGUAUCAUCAGUUGUAAGGUCGGCCAAGACGACAUUGUCCCUGACAGGGCCUACAGCGUUGCUACCAGGAAAUAUAUGGCAAACGGCAAGGACGGCUAUAGUUCCCUAACCGAAGAGGCGGGUGCAGAGGAUAUCGUAGACGAAGAAAACGGUGUCCUCAUUUCCAUGAUCCUCCGCCAGUAUUUCCUCUCUCUAAAAGUCAUGGGUAAAUGGCGACGUGGUGGCGCGUUCAGACAGUUUUUCGGCGGUCUCAAGUCCGAAAAGGUUGAACAGGGAGAAUUGCUACAGCCUGAAAAAGCCACCCAGAAGGAGCUUGACAACGAUUGCGACUCCGACAGUGAUGACGGUGACGAUGAAAUGCAUGAUGAUGAGGUUCACGAAAGCGACCUGCCAAAGGAAGAGAAGAUCGGAAAGCUGGUCUCGAAAGCCGGAUUGAAGUGGGCGAGACUCGCGGGAGUUCGCGAGAGCAAAGGCGAAGACUCGGAAUUCGUGGUUGACUGGACAAGAAGUAUCGCACCGAGGGUGGAAGGGAGAAUCAAAGAGGUGUAG